AUGGAUACAGAGGGUACAGAGUCAACACCAUACAAACCACUAUCCAAGACCACCACAAACGAUGGAUCCAGGAUGGCCACCACUAACACCAGAGACCCCUGCACAGAUAUCACACCCAUAUUCCUACUGAAUAUCUGGGGUCUAUUACGGACAGGCGAUAGAGACAAGUUUCUAUACCUGGAAGACCUAGCUGCGUGCAAUCAAGCGAUAUGCAUGGUGCUUACCGAAAUGCAUCUAACAUCUAACAUAGAAGAUGCGAAGAUAAAAAUACCAGAGGAUGCUGUACUCCGAACAAACAGAAAAGAUAGAAGUCAUGGGGGAGUUGCAAUGUACAUCCGAAAAGAUGUCACACCCCUACUACUCUUAUCACGCUCAAACUCUGUCUGUGACACUUUAAUAGGACACAUAAAACAAAUUGAUGUAGUUGUAUGCUCAACAUACCGUCCGCCAAAUAUCUCAAAGGAGGAGGGUAAGUUUGAGGAUAGCCUCAGACGCAUAGAAGAUGUCUUGACAAAUCUGGACCAACACAUUAAUAUACUUUUCCUAGGUGACUUUAACCUCCCAAAUGUUAAAUGGCCUGAAGGUCACAUCCUCUCUGGGAUGUCACUGCACAAACAAAGCCAGGCAAAAUCUGUGUUAGAACUCUCGGACAUGCUGUUCAUGGAACAAGUGAUACUCCAACGAACCAGGGGAAGCAAUAUUUUAGAUCUCUGCUUCACAAAUAAUGUGAGCCUUAUCCAUAAUGUGAAAGUAACACCUACAUCUCUUUCAGAUCAUAACAUUAAAGAAUUAACAAUGUGUGGUCCUAGACGACCCGCUGACACCCAUCCCAUCAGGAGGACUCAAGCUAUAUCCAACCUGAAUUUCCACAGGGCAGACUGGAAGUCAAUUCGCAAAGAGAUUCAAAAUCAAAACUGGCAUGACAGCCUUUCUAUACAAGACAAUGACCUCAAAGUAAGUCAUUUUAUGUCAACCAUACAAGAUAUAUGCACCAAAUAUGUGCCAGAAGGAAAGGCCAAUAGAAUUCCUAGAGACAGGAAAAUCCUUAUGAGACACAGAACAAAGGUCUCGAACCAGCUGAAUAGAGAACUGGGGGAUAGUAAAAGGGCUAAAUUAAAACUAACACUGUUAGAAAUAGAAAACCAAAUUAAACUCUCCCAUGAAAAGGGAAGAGCGGAGAAGGAGAAGAGAGCAGUAGAAAGCAUAAAAACAAACCCCAAGGCUUUCUAUAGAUUUGCAAAGGAGACUGCCACAGCACAGUACAAAAUAGGACCGACCCCUAUUCCUGCCUAA